AUGAAUCCGGAUACUGUAUUACGAAUUGGUAAAGUAUUUGAAACUCCAUAUGGAGGAGAUGGAGUUGAUUUUGUGGAUCAAUUAAACUAUCAAUUUACUGGUGGAUUGUUGAUUAUUUUUAUAGCUGUAAUUGGAGUGAGACAAUAUGUUGGUAAACCCAUUCAAUGUUGGGUACCACAAGAGUUCACACAUUCUUGGGAAGAAUAUGCAGAAAAUCUCUGUUGGGUACAGAAUACAUAUUUCCUUCAUCCAAGUGAUCAAGUCCCUGAAGAUGAUUACGAAUUGACAAAAGUUAGAUAUAUAGGUUAUUAUCAGUGGAUAGCAAUAGUAUUAGCUGGACAAGCGAUGUUAUGUUGGGUACCUCAAAUAUUAUGGCGAGUCGGAUCAAAACGAUUACCUGUUUUACUGCGAUCAGCCAAAGAGGCAUCGGUACCAGACAGAGAACUUAGACAAAAAGCUAUUUCAUGUUUAGUAGCUACAUUAGAAGAGCAAGCCGAAUCAACUGCAAGGCACAGACGAGCAACAAGUACAAUCAAACGAAUAUUAUGUAGCUUUCGACCAAAUACGCGUAUAACGUUUCUGUUUUUUAUAGUUCGUAUUUGUUUUAUCGGUAAUUCAGUUGGCCAAAUUUACCUCAUGAAAAAAUUUAUUGGGACCAAUAGUACAAUGUUUGGCAUGGAUGUUUUAAAUGAUUUAAUUACCGGCCAAGAAUGGGAGACUUCAGGUAAAUUUCCACGUGUGACAUUUUGCACGGUUCGUGUCAGGAAAAUGGGGCAAAUAAAGCCUGCAAGCUAUACUCUUCAAUGUGUAUUGCCAAUUAAUUAUUUUGUGGAAAAAGUAUAUGUAUUUUUAUGGUUCUGGUUUGUGAUUCUUUCAAUUGUCACCAUAUUAAGUACACUUCAAUGGGCUUUCAAUACACUUGUACCAGUUAGACGAAUAGCUUAUAUAAAACAAUAUAUCCGAGCUAUUCGCCAACUUUCCAAUACUGAAGAAAGAGAUUGUACACGAUUUGUAAAUUAUAAUCUUGGUCCAGAUGGUGUACUAAUAUUACAAGUUGUAUCUAGAGUUUCUAGUGAUUUAAUUGCAUUAGAUGUUACAGCAACUUUAUGGAGUAAUUAUAGACAUGCUAAAAUUACUGGUACUGAAGAAGAUAUCAAUAGAUUUUUGGAAAAUGUUAAUCGAGGAACCAAUGCCGUAUAGUAAUAGCUCGGUCGGGUAAUAAACAAAAAACAAAUUCAAAUUUAAUUCUUGCUAUUAUUUCAUUAAAUAACAUGAAUAUAGUAAAUUUAUUCUAAUCCCUACUUUUUUAUCCCUCACCUCUACUAUGAACACAAGUUACCCGACCGCUAAACUUAAAUAAAUCCACUAGAAACGCUCAUACAAUUCCAAUCAUUCAAAAAAACUUUACAAACCAUGUACCAAAGACAUUUCACAGAAGAAUUUUCAAACAUACACCUAUAUCUACAAACACUCACACAUAGAUGUGUUUUCUUUACACGCCUUACUCUUCAAAAAGAUAUAUACUGCAUAUAAUCCUUCUGUGAG